AACGUUAUUUGCUUAUGACAACGAAUUAUUCCAUGUUAAUUCUUUCUUUCAUUGUAACGCUUGGUUGGACAACAGAGAGAUUGAUGCAUUUCUUUAUGAUGGAAAUGUACUCGAAUAUUGGGCAGCACGAGACGAGAAUUGUAAAUUGCGUACUGUUGGGAAUCUAUACGCCAUGACAGGAUAUGGUAUCGCUUUUCCUAAAGGGAGUCGAUGGCUGCCAAAGAGGGCGCCUGAUUAA